GUCAAACGUUAUGAUAGUUUGACCCUCCAACAAAGUUGGAAGUACACUCUUUAAAGAACGGAGGAAGUGCAGUGGUAGAUUCGUGUCACGUUCCCGGCACGAAAUGAGACGUGCUAUUGCUGGCUUGCCGCGGAAUCGUGGACGCAACUACCUCCUCUGGAUUUAAAUUUCCAUCCAGAAGGAGAAACAAAAACUCUCUGUCUCUCCUCUGGAUUGGUUCCGCGUUGGUGCAUUCUGGGAGCAGAAGGCGCGCUUGUUGUGCACCACUUCUUGACGGGGAGAGUUUGUUUGAGGGGGUCGGGGGUGAUGUUGCCGGUGAGGAGCUCCUUCAUCCGAGGCGUCGCCCCGGACGGUGACAGGACAGCUACGGGAGUCACUCCAUCAAUGACAAAGCCACAGCAUCAUCAACUUGCCUCGGUCGGUCGGCACCGUCGCCGACUCGCCGUGACAGCACGCACACAGGGUCGACGGGUCACUACUCACUACGACGAGCGAGAGAGAAAUCGGCACGUGGUGCCCGAUCGUCGCGCACUCCGCAGUUAAUUCCGGGCGGUCGACCUGUCCGCCUCGCUGGCCGGGCCCCGCGCGCUGACGGGCCACCUUCCCCCACCCACGGCCCGCCCGCGGUCGCGUGAUCGCGUCGCCGAGACAAACUCCGAGCCCAAAAAAACAAAAACGCACGCGCUGGCGCUGCCCCCUCUCCUCGGACGCCACCGACCGACCGAGCCCUUCUCUCUUGCGUGGGCUCGCUCGCUCGCUUGCUUCCUGCCGCCGCCAGUUACCAGUACGGCACACGCCUCGGCCUCCGCCUCGUCACGGCGGGCCAGGGCCAUGGCCGCCGCCGCCGCCUCAGCGGGCCGCCGCCGGUGUCCGCCGCGAUGAGCCCGCCGGAUCCGGGCGCCGAGAAGUCGGUCGCGUGGCCGGACCUCCGGGGAAGCCUGGAGGAGGUCGCCGCCCUCGCCGCGGAGCUCGCGGCCGCGGCAGAGGCGCGCGCGGGCCUCUCGCGCCGUCUGGAGGCCGCGCUCGAGGUGAGGAGGGAGUCGGUGCGGCAGGGCGCGGCGCUGGACGAGAUGAGGCGGCGGCUCGACCGGCGGCGGGCGCAAGCGGACGAGCUCGCCGUCGCCAGGCAGAGGGCCGCCGAGGGCGUCGAGCGCUGCAAGGAGCAGAUGCAGGCGCAGAUCGAGCGGGUGCUGCCGCUCUCCAGGGCCCUCGCCGCCGCGCACCGGCAAGUGCAGGAUGCCAAGGAGGGAUUAUCCGCGGAGAGGGCGCGGCUUGGGGAUCUGCAGAGGCUGCUCAGGACGAGGCAGCAGUCCAUGGUAGCCCAGGUCGCCGCCCUGUACCCUGUCAGGGUCUUCCGUGACCUGCCGGUUGCACAAAACCACCAUUCCCGUACCAAUGGAGAGUGUCGAACACCUUCCGAAGAGAAUGGGGCACUUCCGCACGAGAAUGGAAAUGGAACACAUUUGCUCAGCGUUAUCAAAUCUCCACAUGUUGGCCCCUUGACGUUUUUUGGUUGGCAAAUUGGAAAGCCCAAGACAAAGCAGCCGAGUUACAGUCACAAGGAGCUUCAGAGGUCAGCAGCUGUGCUUGGAUAUGCCGCGCAUGCAGUCUUGCUUAUUGCCUCAUAUCUUGACAUUCCCCUCCGAUAUCCUUUGCGCUUUGGAGGAUCACGAUCUUAUGUCGGUGAUCGUUUGCCUUCAGCUGAAGCAUCAUCCAUGGCUUCAACAGAACAUCGAAGCGUCGACAGCGCUGACUCAAAACUAACAGAUUAUCCCCUUUUCUUGGAAUAUCAAGAUGACUCAACAAAGGCAUCCUACGCCAUUUACCUGUUGCAAAAGUUUCCCAAGCAAACUAAGACUGCUUGCUGUCCACGUUUUCAAUGAUGGGUGGUUAGGAUACGGAGCAGCUCUUGAACUACAUUGGAGCAGAGAGUUCUGGGAGGAAUGCAUUCGGUAAUCUGCAGGAGCUUAUUAGGAUUAUACAGUCAGAUGAGUAUCUGUACAUAUGAUAGAUUCGGUGAUCAUCGUGAGUUUGAGUCGCAUAUGCUGUAGAUAUAUGGUAGGAUACAGGUUUAAGUAGGUAUUCUUUCUGUUCUUUUGUGUGAUUCCGCCUGCUCUCGCUUUGCCGAGUUUUUGUAUGCGCAGCAAAGAGCAGCAUUGGGUUGUGCUAGAUCAAUGGUAUUUACAGAUGGGGUUUUACAUGAGCAUAAAAGCCUCUCCCAUGUAUAUUUCUGAGGUUUCUGGGUGCUACCCUCCGAGGCUGUGUAUAAAAAAGGAUAUGAGUUAAUAUAAAAGGUCAUUGGACUCUGAAAUUCAAGAGCCAAGACCUACUCUGGACCUAUUAUUUGGAAGGCA